GGAAGUGGCUGCUACCGAGGCAGAUUUGGAGUUUGUCAGGUCCCGGUACGCCGGCCUGGAGUUGUGCACCAUGCGGCUGGGCUCCGGGACCUUCGCUGCGUGCUGCGUGGUGAUCGAGGUGCUCGGGAUCGCAGUCUUCCUUCGGGGAUUCUUCCCAGUUCCCGUUCGUUCCUCUGCCGGGGCGGAACACCGAACAGAGCCCCCAGCACCCGAACCCUCGGCGGGAUCCAGUUCUAACUGGACCAAGCUUCCGCCGCCUCUCUUCAGUAAAGUUGUUAUUGUUCUGAUAGAUGCCUUGAGAGAUGAUUUUUUGUUUGGGUCAAAGGGUGUGAAAUUUAUGCCCUACACAACUUAUCUUGUGGAAAAAGGAGCAUCUCACAGUUUUGUGGCUGAAGCAAAGCCACCUACAGUUACUAUGCCUCGAAUCAAGGCAUUGACUACCGGGAGCCUCCCUGGCUUUGUUGAUGUCGUCAGGAACCUCAACUCUCCCACACUACUGGAAGACAAUGUGAUAAGACAGGCAAAAGCAGCUGGGAAAAGAAUGAUCUUUUAUGGAGAUGAAACAUGGGUUAAAUUAUUCCCAAAGCAUUUUGUGGAAUAUGAUGGAACAACCUCAUUUUUUGUGUCUGAUUACACAGAGGUGGAUAAUAAUGUCACAAGGCAUUUGGAUAAAGUGUUAAAAAGAGAAGAUUGGGACAUGUUAAUCCUCCACUACCUAGGGCUGGACCACAUUGGCCACAUUUCCGGGCCUAGCAGCCCCCUGAUUGGGCACAAGCUCAGCGAGAUGGACAACAUCCUGAUGAAGAUUCACACCUCACUGCUGUCACAGGAGAGAGAGGGUCUUUCACCCAGUUUGCUGGUUCUUUGUGGAGAUCAUGGCAUGUCUGAUACAGGGAGUCAUGGCGCUUCUUCCACAGGAGAAGUGAACACACCUCUGAUUUUAAUCAGUUCUGCAUUUGAAAGGAAACCUGGUGAUAUCCGACAUCCAAAGCGUGUGCAACAGACUGAUCUUGCUGCAACGCUAGCAAUAGGACUCAGUGUGCCGAUUCCAAAAGACAGUGUAGGGAGUCUUAUAGUCCCAGUUAUAGAAGGAAGACCAAUGAGAGAUCAAAUGAGAUUUUUACAUUUAAAUACAGUACAGCUUAGCAAACUGUUGCAAGAAAAUGUACCAUCAUAUGAAAAAGAUCCUGGAUUUGAGCAGUUUAAGGUGUCAGAAAAGUUGCAUGGGAACUGGAUCAAACUGUACUUGGAGGAAAGUCACUCAGAAGUCCUUUUCAACCUGGGGACCAAGGUUCUCAGGCAGUACCUGGAUGCUCUGAAGACCCUCAGUCUGGCUCUGAGCACACAAGUGGCCCAGUAUGAUGUCUACUCGAUGAUGGUGGGGACUGCUGUGGUUUUGGAGGUCCUUACCCUGCUUCUACUCAGCAUCCCUCAGGCGCUCCGCAGACAGGCUAAGGUGGACAUUCCACUGUCUUCUCCGGCGUUUUCCCUGCUCUUCUAUUUGAUGUUCCUGGUUCUGUCGGCCAUUCACAUCAUCGUGUGCACCUCUGCUGAGAGCUCAUGCUACUUCUGUGGCCUCCUGUGGCCGGUGGCAGGUGGAGUGAUGGUGUUGAUGUCUGCACUGCUCUGUGCAAUUGUCUCUGUUCUGACCAAGAUGUUCAUUAGCAAAAGUCUCCCAAGUAAGAAUCCAGCUCAUCCCAACUCAAGGUGGUCAGAGUUAGAUCUUCUUAUUGUGUUUGGGACAGUGGGCCACGUCUUGAGUCUGGGUGCCAGCAGCUUUGUGGAGGAGGAGCACCAGACCUGGUACUUCCUUGUUAACACCCUAUGUCUAGCUCUGAGUCAAGAACUCUACAGAAACUGCUUUCUGGAAGAUGACGGUGAGCCUCAGCAUCACUUCCAUAUGGAACCAGGGAUUGUGGAUGCUACACCAGGGCUACCGUACAGGACUGGCUGUGAUGUGUGGGAGCAGGACACAGUGCGUGAGAGGCUCUCUCUCUCAGACAUGCUCAGAGGCCGUGAGAAGUGGAUGGCACUGGCCAGUCCAUGGCUGAUACUGGCCUGCUGCCGGCUGCUGCGCUCACUAAACCAGACGGGUGUGCAGUGGGCCCACCGGCCUGACUUUGGCCACUGGCUCACCAGUUCUGAUCACAAAGCUGAGCUCUCAAUCCUGGCCGCCCUCUCCCUCCUUGUGAUUUUCCUGCUGGUUCAGGGGGGCUGCUCCCCUGUGUCCAGGGCAGCCUUGCUGCUGGGGCUGCUGGGCGUCUACUGCUACAGGGUGGCCAUUGGGAAUGUGCUGUUCCCAUGGCAGCAAGACAACAGAGACAUUGCAAAGGGUAUUAUUGAAGCUCGUUUUGUUUAUGUCUUUGUCCUUGGCAUUCUGUUCACGGGCACCAAAGACUUACUCAAAUCUCAAGUAAUUGCUACAGACUUCAAAAUCAAGACUGUGGGUUUAUGGGAGAUACACAGUGGGUUGGUUCUGCUGGCAGCCUUGCUCUUUAGACCCCACAACCUCCCAGUCUUAGCGUUUAGUCUACUGAUUCAGACUGUGCUGACUAAAUUCAUCUGGAAGCCCCUGAGACACGAUGCAGCUGAGAUUACUGUGAUGCAUUACUGGUUUGGUCAAGCAUUCUUCUAUUUCCAGGGCAACUCCAACAACAUUGCCACCGUGGACAUCUCGGCGGGCUUCGUUGGCUUAGACACCUAUGUGGAAAUCCCAGCCAUGUUCCUAACGGCGUUUGGGACGUACGCAGGGCCUGUGUUGUGGGCCAGCCACUUAGUGCAUUUCCUGAGCUCAGUGAGCAGUGAUUCAGCGCUGAGUCAUGCUUGCUUCUGCUACGCACUGAUUUGUUCUAUACCAGUUUCCACAUACAUUAUUUUGGUGACAUCCCUGCGUUAUCAUUUGUUUAUAUGGAGCGUAUUUUCUCCAAAACUUCUCUAUGAGGGAAUGCACCUACUCAUUACAGCUGCUAUUUGUGUAUUCUUCACAGCCAUGGAUCAAGCCAGCCUCACAAAUUCUUAGACUAAGCUGGACACUGGAAAAAUAAUAUAUUUUUAAAGUCUGCUAUU